AUGGCGAUCUCAUUGCUUGCAGUUUUGGUCCUAUUUAGUUUAGACAGCGUACUUGGCCAUGGCAUGAUGAUAAAUCCUGCAGGAAGAAGUUCUAGAUGGAGAUUUAACAGUACAGCUCCCCCAAAUUAUAAUGAUAUGGAAUUAUUUUGCGGUGGGUUCGGAGCUCAAUGGCUAAUCCAUGGCGGGAAGUGUGGGGUGUGCGGAGAUAACUAUAGUGAUCCAGUUCCGCGCAGUAACGAAAAUACGGGUUAUUACGGACAGGGUGUAAUCGUCGCGGAGUAUCAAGCGGAAUCCAUAAUUAAUGUUACUGUGCGUCUCACGCAAAACCAUAGAGGUACAUUUACAUUUGGGUUGUGUGAGUUAGUAAAUCUAACAAAACCAGAAACAGAAGAUUGUUUUAAAACAUUACUUUUUGCUGAUGGUUCAGAAAAGGCGGAGGUUGAACCAGGGAAUAAAGAUUUUUAUUAUCGAAUUCAAUUGCCUACUGGUUUUAAAUGCGACAAUUGUGUGCUAAGAUGGCACUACAGAACUGGUAAUAACUAUGGAACAGAUGAAGAUGGAACGACUUGUUUGGGAUGUGGACCUCAAGAGGUGUUCAGGACUUGUGCAGACAUAGCUAUUAUUUGAUAAAUACACAUUUCUUACGUAAUUAUUGUAGGUGAUUUUUAUUGUUAUAUUUGUAAAUUAGCAGAUAAGUAAAUGAAUGCGCUUUUAAAAUAAUUAAAACAGCUAAAUUUUUCCGCGAGUGAAAUCACGGAGUUUGA